AAUGAGAAACAUAAAAGAAAUAAAAAGUCUCUUAAAGAUGCUCUAACAACUUAACAUUAAGAACAUCAAUAUUUUGCUUGCAAAAGUGCCUCUAACCCACCUCUCACAAAAUGAGCCAAAGCGGUCAGCUAUGAAACUCUGAUAUCAUACAUAAAUAUGACUUUAGUAGUUUCAUUCCCAACUUUGACCUAAUUGACUCUGAAAACAUGGUAAUAAAAACAAUUCAUUUAUCUGCAUUCACAACCAUGAUUUGCAAAUUGGUUAUGAGAAAGUGUUAAUUUACCAUGUGUUUGAGUGAUGCCGGCAUUUGAACUAAUUUGACCACAUACUGCUGACGGCUACAGUGAAUUUUCAAAGUGUUGGUCAUGAGAGGACUUUUCCUCAAGUUUACAUGUGAAUUGCAGUUAUCCUUUGUAAGUCAACAAUGGAUGCUCAUAUGCUAUUUCCUCACGGCUUGCUUUGACUUUGAUGCAGACCCAACAAAAACUUUACCCACAAAUAAAAUGAAAGAAAAAGUUCAAAAUAAGAACCAAUUCCCACUACGAAUUGUCAUUGAUAAUAUGUUUUAAGAUGGGACUCAAAAUCAUGAAUCUGUUUUCAUCCUUUAAAUAUAUACUGCAUGUUUUAUUGUAUCUAUCCCUAUUUCAUCAUUCAUCAUUCUGCCAACAAGAAUACAUAAGCAACGAGACUUUCUUCAACUGCGAUGAUAAUGCUGCAACCUCAAAAGGGUACCUCUGUGGUAUUGGCCAUAUCAACUCCUGCAUGUCCUUCGUCUCUUUCAGGUCCCGAACACCUUAUGACACCGCCAUCACCAUUGGCCAUCUAUUUGGCUCUGAAGCAUCUGAAAUUGCUUCCCUCAACCAUAUGUCUUCCUUGACUGACAAGAUUCCUAUGGAAAAGUUGAUCUUGGUACCCGUUUCUUGUACAUGCUCAGGAAAUAUCUUCCAGCACUUUACUCCUUUCACUGUUAAAAGUUCAGAAACUUAUUUUGGGACAGCUAACAAAACUUACCAAGGCCUGACCACAUGCCAAGCACUGAUAGAUCAGAACUACUACGAUCCUGAUGAUAUUCCGGUUGGAUCAGAGUUGAUGGUUCCAGUGAGAUGUGCCUGUCCUACUGAAAAACAAACAGCAAAUGGAGUGUCUUCCCUUCUAACAUAUACAAUAUACAAGGAUGAUGUCAAGGGGGUUACAUCUAUUGGAGAGAAGUUUGGGGUAAACCAGCAGAGCAUAUUGGAGGCAAAUAUGUUGUCUCAAAACAGCACUAUCUACCUCUUUACCCCUAUUUUGGUUCCACUGAAAGGAGAGAGCUGUUCCAUAUAUCCUGAGUUGUUCUUCUGCAAAUGUCCCAAUAGUUAUCUUCCGGAUGGGAAUUGCAGAGCUAAUGAUAAAAGUUUUCCAGUCAAAUUGGUUGCUUCAUUAGGUGUUGGCAUUGGGAUUGUGUUUCUGUGUCUGUUCCUUUUGGGUUACAAAUUUUAUAAGUGGUUAAACACAAGGCAAAUCAAAAUACGCAAGAAGGCAUUGUUCAAGCAAAAUGGUGGAUUCCUGCUGCAAGAAAAAUUGGCAUAUGACGGAAGCAGUCAGAAAGCAAAAAUUUUCACUGCAGAAGAGCUGCAAAGAGCAACGGAUAGCUAUAAUCAGAGUCGGUUUAUUGGCCAGGGAGGUUAUGGCAGAGUUUAUAAGGGAAUGUUACCCGAUGGUAGCAUUGUUGCUGUUAAAAUGUCAAAAGCAAUAGAUAGAAAUCAGAUUGACCAAUUCAUCAAUGAAAUUGUCAUUCUGUCGCAGAUUAAUCAUCGAAACAUUGUGAAGUUACUGGGUUUUUGUUUAGAGACUGAAGCUCCAUUGCUAGUAUAUGAAUUCAUUUCUAAUGGAACACUUUCAGAACAUAUUUGCAAGAAAGACCCUGAAUCAUCUCUUUCAUGGGAAAAUAGAUUAAGAAUUGCUUGUGAUGUUGCCCGUGCUUUAGCAUACAUGCAUUCUGCAGCUUCAAUUCCCAUCUUUCACCGAGACAUCAAAUCUUCCAACAUACUACUAGAUGAUAAGUACAAUGCAAAAGUGUCCGACUUUGGGACUUCAAGAUCAGUCCCAGAUGACAAAACUCACUUGACAACAGCAGUACAGGGAACUUUGGGAUAUAUGGAUCCAGAAUACUUACAAUCAAGCCAGUUCACAGAUAAAAGUGAUGUCUAUAGCUUUGGAGUUACACUUAUUGAACUCCUAACCGGGAAAACCCCAUAUUCUUAUGCUAAAGAUGAAGGGAAUAACCUGGUUGCAUCAUUCAUUUCAUUGACAAAGGAGAACCAACAUUUUCAGCUUUUAGAUCCUCAGGUGGCUAGAGAUGCUACGAAGGAGGAUAUUCAGGCUAUUGCAGAGCUGGCAGUGAGAUGUUUGAAAUUGAAUGGCAGGAAGAGGCCUACAAUGAAACAAGUAUCAGUGGAAUUAGAAGUACUUUGCAAGAGCCAGAGGUGUUUGCAAAUCGAACAUGAGCCAGAGUUACUGAAGGAUAAGGCAUUGAAUAUGCAUGCUACUUUUGAUGCCAUAGACGAAUCUAUGGAGCAAAGCAUCAGUUUCUCCUUGGUAAUGGAAUCUGGUUCUGUUUAAAAGAAGCUUUAUACGGGAAGCUUCUCUUUCCUAGUGUUUAUUUCUUACAAGUAUGCCAUGUCAUAGAAAAAAAUUACGUGCUAUUUUGUUCUUCUUUAUAAAGAAAAAAAUGUAAUCUUAUUUUUUUGAAAUCACUGCCUAUGCAGACCCUUAAUGGAUGCCUAUACUCAUUAGUCAUUUGCAAUAACAUAAGAAGCAUAAAAUACUAAAAAAAGUGGGAGUAAAUCACACAAUGCUUGAAUCAACAUAUGAAGAGAGGCUUGUGUUAAAUACCUUAAGUUCUUAUUAGCAUAGAGAGUGUACUAGAGACAAAUAUGUUGGCAAAGAACAGCAUUAUCUAACUCUUCUAUCCUAUUUUGGUUCCAUAUAGGAACAAAUAUUCAAAUGGAAAUUGUACUGCAAAUCCAGAAAAAAUUUUCUUUAAACGCUCCCAUGAUUACCAUGGAGAAUAAUACCUAAAGGGUCUUCUUUUUUAUUUAUUUACCUAUUUUUUACUUUUUUAUUUUGGGUAAAUAAUACCUAAAGGAUCUCAAAUGCACAUAAAUUAAACUCUGUCAAUUUUUAUAAUCUCUGUCAAUUUCAGAUAUCAAUUAAGGGUUCCUUUGAUCAAUUAUUGUAGUACAGCAAGUUAGACGGCGGAAACAAGCUC